AUGUUCAACCAUGAGUCCGACGACCGAGAAGCAUUGAAGCAACUCCGCAAAGAAUCGCUUGACUUAUACAACCGCCUGAAAUCUAUAGAACUGGACAUAUCGUUUGUUAACGACAUGCACAAAGCUUACUGCGACAUCCCCAUUUUGCCAAACCUUCGCUGCGGCGCGUGGUAUACGGACCCAGACAUCAGAGCAACUGGCGAAGUGAAGGGCGGCUACUUCAAGUCCACCGAUGGGCACUAUAACGCGUGGCGAUUCAGUCUGAGACGUCCAAAUCUCCACCUUCUGCCUGUUGCCGCAGAGAAUGGAGGCAAAGGAUUGAUUCUCGUUGACUCGACAAGAGCAGGAAAGCGCUUCCCUGAUGCAUUGUCCAAGACCGUGCCGAUUUGGUGUGCCGUGCUCAACCGUGCUCUGCUUAUCCGCCGUUCAGCUCCAGGCUCAUCGAGCUGGGAUACCUCCCUGCACACUCCGCCCUCAAUUCCCACACAAGAGGCCGCCCAAAUCACUUCACGACUAGACGAGUGGGCACGAGAACUAGCUUGCUCCUCUUACUCGCUACCUGACCUUCCUCGACCACUUCGUCCGAUCUGGGUCACGCCAGCCCAUUCCGCGUUUCCACACCCCCCGCAAGAUUGCAUACCGAUAAUAUGUGCCAGUGCAAGCGCUGAAGGGUCUAUAGGGAGACGGGCGCAUGGCUUUUCAUAUAUUCAAGGUGCCGGAGACGACCACGAACUCUGGGGAAUGGGCUUGACCCCAGAGCUUUUUUGGCAACAUCGGACAGCGCUUUUGGGUGCCGAGCGUGCAGACCUGCCAUCGUUAGUCGCGCGACUCGUUUCCGGCCACAAGCCCUCGCCCGGCAUCUUCCACGGACCCACACCAAUCCAACAUGCUGGGUCACUUCUACUGCUUGCAGCAGCUGCAGAUAUCAAUGUUUUCGAAGAAGACGUCGCCUACGUUGUUGUCGGUGUCGACCGUGCAGAACAGCCGCUUCCGCGAGUCCUGUACCUCCCAAUCACCUGCAACACCAGAAAAUCACGCUCCGAUUCCGUCCUGCCCUCUCUCCUCCCUCGCUCGACCUCUUUUGCUACCCACCACCUGCGGCUGGGCCGUCGGGUCUGCUUCGUAUGCGACGAUGGCAGAGAUGUCAGCGUUGGAUUGGCGUUGGUGACACUGGGUCUGCUAUUUGACGACGCGGGAAAGCUGGCCUCGGACAAUACAGUCACCAAGGCCGCUCUCCGAACGCGGCUAGAGUGGAUCGUCGCGAGCAGGCCCGAGGCGAAUCCAUCGCGUGCAACUUUGAAGCGCGUGAACGAGUUUUUGAUGUCGGGCGCUUACACGGUCCCCAUGCUAUCGCAGGAUUCAAGUGUCUCGGAUCCAUGA